UCCUGCUCCACUUGCGGUAGCUGCCGACAUGACGGGAAUGAAAUGGCUUGGAAUAAUAGUAGACCUUGGCGCAGUGUGCGGUUUGUUAUCCGUAAUUCUUGUGUCUUUGAUGGGUCAACCACGUAUUUUCUUGGCGAUGGCAAAGCAAGUAUCUUACCAUUUCGUUACACCUGUACAAAAUUAUCAAACUAAAAAUGAUGGACUGUUCCUCCCAACCUUAGGAUCUAGGAUCCAUCCUCGUUUCCAAACUCCAUAUCUUACUACCAUACUUUGCGGUACCAUUUGUGCUAUAACGGCUGCACUAUUUCCCAUUGAUAUUCUUUCAGAACUUACAUCCGUUGGCACCUUGCUUGCUUUUUUCUUCGUUAACAUUGGGGUCAUGGUAUUACGCCUAAUUGCACCUGAUGCUCCAAGAAAGUUCAAAGUUCCGGGAGGUCCGUUUUUAGUACCAAUCUUAGGAUCUUCGUUAAAUCUACUCCUUUUGGCGACCGCAUCAAGAAAUAGUAUCAUAAGAUUGUUCAUUUGGAUGGCGAUUGGGCUGUUGGUUUAUGUGUUUUACGGAAGACGUCAUUCAAAAGCUAAUAACUCCACAAGAAAUGUAGACCUUGAUAACGAAAUGAUGAAGACAAACGUUAAUAAAGGGGCCGGACUAUAA